AUUAGGUUUUGUUACGCAUGGAUCCAGAGUUGAGUGGAGAGGUUAGCAGACUGCAGUGAACAGCCGGCGCUGCUGCCCACACCACAGCAUGUGACGGAGGGAAGGGUUGACGAGUCUCUUCACCUGGCUCUCCUUGUGCGCCUUUCGUCUUUUCCCCCGGCUUGGGCAGCAGCAACAGCGCCAAACGACAUCGAAGAUAAUUGUGGAAGACGAAGAACUGAGGAAAUCUGACUGCUUUGUUCCCCACGGGCCGCACUCCCGUUCAUCGCCCUUUUGUGUAGAGGUCUUCAGGUGCUGUCGCUAUUAGAUGGAGAUUUCGGACUCAGUGGACGUGACGGAGUUGGGUCAUGGGCAGCAGCAGUUACAGCAGCACCCUCAGCAGCAGGAGGGUCCGGGGUUGAUGGAGGGCACGCCAGUGAAGAUGGAUUUUAGUACCCAUGCGUGUAGCGUGCUGUCCGACCUCAGAGAAGGGGGUCUUCUCUGCGAUGCCGUCAUCAAGGUGGAGAGCUGCACGUUUCCAAUCCAUCGGAACAUCAUGUCUGCCUGCAGUCCUUACUUCCGAGCGCUGUUCACCAACACUUCCUUUGAGACCAACCAGCGCGAGGUCACAGUGACCGGGGUCACUCCGCAGAUCAUGAUGCUUAUCAUCGACUACGCUUACACCAGGUCAACCAAAGUAACAGUAGACAACGUGGAGCAACUUCUGCCGGCAGCUGAUCAGUUCCACGUCAUAGGACUAGUCAAGGCCUGCUGCGACUUCCUGCAGCGCGAGCUGACACCUGCGAAUUGUAUUGGCAUACGUAGGUUUGCUCAGACCUUCUUCUGCCACGGGCUGGAGCGAGCAGCCAUGCGGUUCCUGCUGCAGAAUUUUCAGACUGUGCACACCACCAGCAAUGAAUUCCUGCAGCUGGACAUCGAAGAGGUCAGCGAGGUGCUGGAGUCAGAUCAACUCAACGUCCGCAACGAGGAACUCGUCUUCGAUGCCGUUUGUCGUUGGAUCGACUUCGACCGCGAGCGACGCAAAGGUCACAUAGCGCGCUUGCUGAAGACCAUCCGCCUCGGCCUCCUGACCACUCAGUUCUUUGUGGAGAAGGUCAAAUCCCACCCGUAUGUACGCGAGAGCGAGCCGGCCAAGCCGAUAGUGAUCGAGACGCUCAAGUUCCUGUACGACCUGGACAUGGACGACAAGAAGGAGGUGGACAUGAACAAUCCCAUCGCCCGCCCACGCGUCCCUUACGAAGUUCUUUUCGUCAUCGGGGGCUGGAGCGGCGGAUCGCCCACCAACAUGGUGGAAACCUAUGACACGCGCGCUGACCGUUGGGUUGUGUGCGAGAACCCGGAUUCCGGUCCCAGGGCGUAUCACGGCACCGUUGCUGUCGGCUUUAAAAUUUACGUCAUAGGAGGCUUUGACGGCGUGGAGUACUUCAACAACUGUCGGGUUUUUGAUCCAGUCCUCAAGGUGUGGCAGGAAGCGGCCCCCAUGCAUGCCAAAAGAUGCUACGUCAGUGUGGCGCUGCUGAAUGAUUUCAUCUACGCCAUGGGAGGUUUCGACGGCCAUGUACGGCAGAACUCCGUGGAGCGGUACAACCCCGCCACCAACCAGUGGAGCCUGGUGCAGCCCAUGAAUCAUCAGCGCAGCGAUGCCAGGGCCACCACUCUAGAAGGUAAGAUCUACAUCUGUGGAGGCUUCAACGGUCAAGAGUGUCUCAGCUCCGCGGAGAUGUACGACCCCGACACGCGCCAGUGGACGUUGCUCAAUCCUAUGCGCAACCGUCGGUCGGGUAUCGGCGUCAUCGCCUACCACGGGUGUAUCUACGCGCUGGGCGGCUUCAACGGCAUCACACGCAUGAACACGGGGGAACGCUACUGCCCCCAGACCCGCCAGUGGACCCCUAUCCCCGAGAUGUACAGUCCACGGAGCAACUUCGCUACGGAGAUCAUCGAUGACAUGCUGUUCGCUAUUGGAGGAUUCAACGGAGUGACAACGAUCUUCAACGUCGAGUGUUACGACAUCAACGCCGAUGAAUGGUACGAUGCCACAGACAUGAGUCUGUACAGGAGUGCCCUGAGCGCAUGCGUGGUCCGAGGACUCCCCAACAUCCAGGACUACAUCUACCAGCCGCCACAGCGUGAGAGCAACAGCGGGCAGUCCAGCUCCACGUCGCCACCACCUCCUCUCGUCUCCAAUACCACCAUCACAAUCCACCCCGGAGAGUCGGAAGCUUGAUGACAGAUUCUGUUCACCACAGCAGGUGACAAGGUCAGUGACCUUUAUUGACACUUACUCAGGAACAUCUGGAGUACGAAACCACCUUUCAUGUCGCCAGCAGCAUUAGCAAAGAGCUCGCCAGAUGGCGCGAUUCUGGUACCACGAGAAGUGAUGGCUGAACAACUACAACCAUCGUGACUGGUCACUUUUGCCAAAGCCACCUUGAAAUAUCACAUUUGUGAGCAGAUCGUUCUUCAGUUCUACGCCUGCCAAAAAGCAAAACAAACAAACCUAGAGUGCUAUACGUAUUUUCUGUAGUCGCCAAACAAAUACUAACUAUAUUCCAGCAAAAGAUGCGUCAGGAUCUGGGGAGUU